AUGAUUUUAAAAAUUGUGGCGCUGCUCUUAGUGGCAUGCGAGUCAUUGGCUGAUGCCCCUCCGCUGUAUCAAUCGCGACCAUAUGACCUCGGAGCGUUCGACAGAUGGCCUCACCAGCUGUACCACUCAUCCAAUGCCAUUGGACCUAUCCUGAACGUUCACAAGGAAAGUGUGCAGUGUUAUAAUGGAAGCAUUUACACCGUUGUGCCCAACUGGGGAAACCAGGUGAAUAUUCCGGGAGUGAUGCUUCUCGACACAAAAGGGUAUCUUGUCUGGCACACGAGCGGGUAUGUGACAGCAGACAUACAAUCCUUUCGGGGGGAGAACUACAUUGUCUCCCUUUCUGAAGACUCGAGCUAUUAUGCACUGAUAAACUCCCGCUACGAGGAAGCUCACCAAAUCCGUUCAGGCAAUGGGUGGCAGCUUGAUGCGCAUGAGUUAACCCUGAGCCCCUCGGGGACAGCACUUCUGGUUAUCAAUGGUGUCUUCGCAGUGAACCAAACAGCCUUUCAGGCACCGCUAGAAGUCGAACUUAUUCUGGAUGCAGGGUUCCAGACAGGAGAGCGAGCUUCGGACCAUUACAGCUUCGAAGAGUACUAUCACUUCCAACCGGGCGAUGGAAAAACCGAAAAAACCGCGCCAGAUCUCUUCCAUGUCAAUAGCAUCGAUAAAGACGACCUUGGCAAUUAUCCCAUUUCCCGUCGAAUGAUGAGCUCCAUUGUCUAUGUGGACAGUCGGACAGGCGCUGUAAUCUGGAAGCUUGCAGGAAAGGCAAACAUGUUCAAAGACCUAUCCGGUGGGGCCGCGACGGACUUCAAUGGUCAGCACCAUUCCCGAUUCCACGAAAAUGGCCGAAUUGUUUCCAUUUUCGAUAACGGGAACUGCCCCGGCCGUCCUGUGACAAGUCCAACCCGGGGUUUGACGCUGUUUUUGGAUACAGAGAAAAUGACUGUCCAGCUGCAGCAUGAAUAUAUCAGUCCAAACAAUGUUCUCACCGAUAAUAGUGGAUCGAUGCAGAUUUUGGAUAGCGGCAAUGUGGUUCUAGGAUUUGGCCUGAACGCGAACUGGGCCGAAUAUGCCUCGAAUGGAUCCCUGCUCUGCAAUGUUCAUAUGGGCCCCCAGGCUUUCUUCGAUAGCGGGGAAAUUCGCAGCUACCGGAUCUCGAAGAGUGCCUGGAUUGGUCAUCCUCAGGCCACACCUGAGUGCUGUGGAUGA